ACAACUUUUGGCGGGACACCACCAAAACAUUGGAUUUGGCUUCCACGCCGACUGGGAUACAAAUACUUAGAUGGUUUAUUUUUAAAAUAUGGGCGAGAAUAUAGAAUUACAAUCGUUUUCGAAAACAGGGAACGAUAGUGACAUUGAAGAAUAUCACGAGAUAAACCAAGAAAAUCUUCAAGAGACUGUACUUUCUCAGGAAAACUACAGUCCGGUAAACGAAUAUGACUUCUUUACUAAAUACGAGUCGAAGUCCUCACAUAAAGUGGAUCAAAAGAAGAAGAAAAAGGCCAAACACAAAAGGGAAAAGGAGCCAAACUUAAUCGAUAUUAUUAAUACAGAGCUGGCGUCAGUUGCUGUGCCUGUAUCUGAAAAUAUUAUUACGAUGGUAGACGUCGAAGAAAAAGAACGAAACUACAGCUAUUUGGUCCGAACUCCAAGCACACAAAGUUUAUUUCGCAAAUCGAGACCAUUACGUUUAGAUUCCGAGUAUGGAUGGAGCCAUCAACAAAAAACUACUCACCUCAGUCCAAUAUUCCCGAGGGUGCUCGAAUAUGCAAUUACUGAAGAACACUCAAUACCAGUUCAAUACGUUGACCCAGUUCAGUUCCAAGACCUUGCAUCAGGACAGAAUACUGACGAUGAACAGAGUGAUACAUUCUUAGAUAUUACCAUAAAAGAUAUUAUUUUCAUUCAUCAUCACUUAUUCCCCCUAGAAACUAUGCUUUGCGCAAAACUCGUCGAGUGUUAUGAUGAAUACAGUAUGUCACAAAUAAAAUUAAAAGAACUUAAUAAAGAUAUAAGAGUUAACAGAGAAACUAGGGAUACACUUAAACAAGAUUUUAUAAAAAUCAGUCCAAAUAAAAAGGAAGAUAUCAGAUUUGAUAAAACUUUGAGAAAAUAUACAAGUAAUAUUCUAAAAUUAAAAGAAGAAUAUCGAGAAACCAUCAGAAGACAGAAGAAAAUUAUACACAGGUCUAUAUCACUUUGGUCUGAUAUCGAAAUGAUCCGUGAUAAAACGGGUCACGUAGAAACACCGUAUUUAUUAGAAAUAGUAAAUAAAGACCUGGAUGAAACAAAAUUUGAAGAAGAAUGGACAGAUGCGUAUAAUGAAGAGUUCAACGACAUGCUAGAUAAAAUAGAAUAUGAAUACGUUACUAAAUAUAUGGAAUACAAAGAGUCAAAACUUGACGAAAAUGACGAUAGUUCGGAAAGAAAAAAGAAACCAAAAUUAAAAGUCGAUGAAGAAGAAAUGAAAGCUAUAGUGGAAGAGAUAGUUGGUAUUACGGUUACUCGUGAUAAAAUUGAUAUGAUCUUGAAGAAAGAUACCAGUAUUUUAUCUGAUGGAGCUGGAAAAGAUACAUCAAAAUUCAAUUACAAUUUCACUAUUUACGUAGAUGAGGUGUUUGUUUGUCAAUCAGAAACUUACACAUUAGUAAAAGAUUCCUUGUUUGAGGUCCAAUUCACGGAGUCAUUUUCUGUACAAAUCCUUCCUAAGAAUGAAGUCUUGACCAUAGUUUUAUCCGAGAAUAAUGAAGAGGUUUCUACUAUAAAUAUCUUUUUGUAUGAAAUAAAACAAAAUACUGCAACUGCGGAGUACAUUGAUCAACUAUUUGUUUACAAGAAUAUGGUAAUCCAACCGAACCAGAAAUAUGUUGGGAGUGGCCACAACAUAAAAGAAAUAAUAAAAGGUAGCAAAAUGAGACUUAAAAGUAGUAACCAAUUUGAAGGCAAUUUGCAAACAACUUGUAAAGUCGGUAUGAAAAUGGGCUGGAAUGAGAAACUAAGUCAAAAUCAGAGUGAAAUAUUUAAAGAAUCUAUGGAUAUUGGCAGAAAAUUGAAAAGAUUAAUACAAGGCAUCGAUCAACCGAACGUUGAUUCACUUCGAGAUAUAAUUGGUAAAAUAUACGGAAAAGAUAUCGGGAACAAUGAUAAAGUCACAACAGUGCUUCAAAAUCUUUGUAAAUCGAAAAUAAAGACUGACGAUAAGUUUGCCGUUGAUGAAAACGACCCUGAAUUCAUAAGACUUAAGUUAUUACACUUGAGAAAUAUCGGUGAGUUUACAAACGUUCAAAACAAACUGGUUCCUCUUCACGCAAGUCAGAUUUCUACAGAACUACUCAACUGCUUACAGAAGAGUAACGACAAGGACAUAGAUGUGGAAUACAUUACCGAUAAAUAUGCGCAAAUGGACCCGAUUGAGCUUCAAAGGUUCAUUGGGAACAAAUACGUUGAAAAACUAAAUGAAAAUAUGUUGAAGAACUUGCAUGAGCAUCUCAUGAAGAAAACACAAAAAGAUGUUGUAAGAGAUUACAGGGAGUUAUCAUUGAGUUUCUUUUCAAGUCAAUCCAGCAUAGGGACUAUAGCGGCUUUACCCAGAAGUACAAAGCAGCAAUAUCUAAACGUAUCCAUAGGGCAGGAUCAGGAGAUUCAUUUAACAGUUCUAAGAGCCUUUAAUCUCAUGGACCGUAGUUCCGUAAUUUUGUCAGAAGAGAACGAAGACGAUAAUUGUACAAUCGCAGGGUUCAAAGUACGGCCUUUGAGACCGUUCGUCCGGCUUAGUUACCACGGUGCGUCGGUUAACACAGCCACUGCUAUCGGCUGUCAUCCAACCUGGAACCAGACUGUGAAGAUAAAAACUAAACUCCAGCCACUCUCAUCUCUUUACAUAAACAUAUUCGACGAAUACAAAGCUAAUAUGAAUGAAGGUAAUUCCGAUGACGAUAAUACGUCACACGGCAAGACGGUUCAGUAUCGGUACAGCAAUCGAUGGCUGGGGACAGUGCAGGUGCCGAUGCAUGCAGUAUUAACUUUAGGAGUGUUACGCGGCACAUUCAAAAUAUCCACACCUCCGUUACUAUUCGGAUACGAAGUCUUACAAAACAAAGACAGCUCUCAAUCUCUGAUCCCAGAAGUAACUCAGCUGCUUCGGAAGGAAACUUCCUUUAUCUCCCUCCAAAUAUCCACUAGCCUCUCUCACUUGGGCGGACUGCAGGGCUACAACCAGCCUAUACCUAGCUCUGCUGACGACGACAGUUUGAUCAAACAUUUGAACACAACAGUCACGGAAUACAUAAAUGAUUUUCCGACAAGGAACAUAAAACUAACCUUCAUAGACAGUUCUGGAAGGAAUAGAUGCGUGACGCAGUUUCUGCAGCCUAUAACUUUGCCAAGUUUAGAGUAUUUUCCUAAACACCCUAAAAGUUUGAGAGAAGAGUCAGCUUUAUCGAAGAGUUCUGGGUUCUCAAAGAGUUCCUCGUCUAAAAGUAGUGGUGGAAGAAAGAGAGAUGAUCCAGAGAAGAGUCCUGGAAGGGAGGAAUCGCUGUACAGUGGCCAUGAUGGGAGUUGGAAGGGAGAUAGUCAAAUGGCUAAGAUGAUGAACGCCAGUUUGCGGUAUGUUUCGCUAAUUCCUUUGUACGAGGAAACGGAAUCUCACGUAGUGACCUUGAUGGGUGUGGAACUUCUCAAAGUCUUGAUCGGUUCUCCAUUGGACCACACAAUCCUACUCGCUAGCUAUUUCCUCUAUCUCGGAAUCAAAUGCUGGGUGGUCAUCGGCCAAGGUUUGCCAAGAGGCCAGAGCAGCUACGUCCUCACGCAAUAUGACCUAACCACCCGCAGAAAUGUGUUGGUCACCGACCAGUUGUUCAAAAGGGGCGGCUUCCUGAAUAAAGGGGAUGGGUUUUUGUGGAAUGUGUAUGAUGCUACGACAGGGGAGAGGUAUGAGCUGAGGGAUGUUAGUUGCCCCUUGAAGACUGUGGAUUACGUGUUCGAUAAUGAAAAUAUAUGGCUGAACGUGCAAUCAACACAAGAUUGCGCAGGAGUCUCGUUUGACUUCACGAAAACGUCAAAUUGGUUGCCAGUAUUCAACCGGACCAUAUUCGUGAUGAAGCAGCCUCUGGCAAACGACCCAAGCCUGUACAGUGUUCCUGCUGAUGUGACCGCACUCAGAGAGUCAUUGGAAACUAAGAUCAAGGCCAAGGUGCAGAAGUGGCGCCCACAAUUGAAGACUAUUUGGAACAGAUACUGCAGUGGUUUACUUCGCGAGAUGCUGCCUCAUUGGGAGUAUUGGACUUUCAAUCCUUCGGAAACUAAGCCGGGAUUCAGUCAGCGGCUAAAACAACUGAUGGUUACAUACAGGGUGUUCGGCUUUCCCCUGAACAUGGCGUUCGCUCGCGCAUCUUCUGUGGCGGCGGCGGUGAAAGCGAGCGCGCUGCACGCGAGCGCGGCGCCCGACGCCGAAUUCGCGCUCGCCGUCGAAGUGUACGCGUACCCUAACAACGUUCUCAGUGUGUGGGUGUUUCUCGCUACUAUUAGUAGAAUAUAA